AUGGAUAAGAAGAUAAAAAGAAAAGAUGAUAGCACAAGUGUUAAACCAUCGAAUGUAGAACUAAGUCAUAUUUUUUUAAAAAAAAAUCAUAUGGAUAAUUAUAUAAAUUAUACUUUAAAAGAAGGAUACAAGGAAAAUAAGGAUGAAAAUAAAAAUGAUAUGAUAGAUUUAAAGAUGAAACAACUUAUUGAACAUUUAUAUGAAUUGAAAAUGAAACUUGAAAAAGACAAAAAAAAAGAUAAAAAAGAAAAAUACAUUUCAAGGGAUAAUUUUUUGAAUGAGAAAAAAAAAUCUAUGUCCAUAAAAAACAAAAGGAGUGAAACAGAUGAGAAAAAUAAUCAUAACAAGAAAAUUAUUCCAAAGAGUAACCAGAAUAUGAAAUAUAUACCAGAGUUGAUUAAGGCAAUAGACAUAUACAAAAAUAAACAUUCUGAAGAACAAAAAAAUAGAAUGGAUUCAGAAGAAAAAUAUGAACAAAUGAUAAGGAACAUGAAAAAAAAACAUAUAAAUGAAAUAAAUGAAAUAAAAAAUAAUAUCCUUGAAGAUGUUAAUUUGUUAAUACAACGAUAUAGAACUAUCUCAUUACAAUUAUUAAAUAUAACAAAUAAUAAAGAAAUAGAAAAAAAAAAAAUCACUGAAAUAUGUGUAAAUGCUUGUAAACAGUUUGAAGAUGACGUAAAGGCAAAAACAAAAAUAUCUAUGCAAGAAUAUAAAAGUCAUAUCAUUUACUCAGUCAAUAAAAUAAAGGAGGAGAAAGAAAACUUAGAAAAAAAAAUCAGAUGUAUGCAAAAACAACAUGAAGAGGAAAAAAAAAAAUUUACAGAUCAAAAAGAAACAAUCCUUUUGAAACAUAAAAUGAAGGAAGAACAAACAUUAAAUAAAAAACUUCAAAGUGAACGAUUUCUUGAAAAAAAAAAUAUAAUUAAUGAUUUAUAUUCAAAGGUUGAUAUACAAAUAAAAAAUUAUGAAGAAAAUAUCAUAAGAGUUUUUCACGCUAUUCUUACUAAGCAUGAUAUUAAAAUGGAUGUUAAAGAAUUAUCGUCUUAUAUAAAAAAUGCAAUGCAAAAAUAUUACGAAUAUGAAUAA